UCAUGUUUGCGUCCCGUCAAUUCGUGAGAAGAUUGGCAUCUGCCGCCCCAAUUAAGCCUCCGGUCCAGCUGUUUGGACUAGACGGCACCUACGCCACUGCAUUGUUCUCCGCCUCUGCCAAGGACUCCUCUAUCGAGAAGACGUUCCAGUCCGUCCAGAAACUCUCCUCCACUAUCAGCAAGGACGCCAAGGUCGCUCAAGUGCUGUCGAACCCGGCUCUGUCACUGAAUUCCAGAAAGGAGGUUGUCUCUGUCUUGUCCAAGGAGCUGAAAUUGGAGCCUGUUGUGUCCAACCUGUUGACCGUGUUGGCCGAGAACAACAGACUGUCCUUAUUCGACUCCAUUGCCAAGCAAUUUAGUGUUCUCAAUGACGCGUACAACGGCGUGGUUGAGGCUACCGUUGUCUCUGCGAAGCCAUUGGACAGCAAGAUUCUUAACAGGCUGACCAAGUCCAUCACCAACUCCAAGUACGUUGGUCCAGGCAAAACUCUGAAGAUCAAGAACGAAGUUGACCCAGAGAUUUUGGGCGGUCUGAUUGUUGAGGUGGCCGACAAGUCGGUCGACCUGUCGCUUGCUUCCAAGGUCAACAAGCUCAACAAGGUUUUAUCGGAAACUAUUUGAGGAUAUAGCAAUGAGAUUCUAGAUGUACUGUACCGGUAGCUUCAGCGGGUGUGUGUGUGUGUGUGUGGUGGGGUUGCUAUGGCAACGAUGUUUUUAAGCCAGUUUUCACCCUCCCUCCCCCACCCCCACCCAGCAGACUUUGAAUAAAUUCGUCUC